AACAUUUUCAAAUCCCUUUCUAAACUAACUUUCAUUCGACAGGGUGAUGUAGAGAAGAAGAAGAAGAAGAAGAAGAAGGAAGAGGAACCCGCUCCAGCUGAGGCUGCUCCCGCCCCCGCACCCGCUGCUGCUCCUGCAGCAAGCUCGACCAAGUCCGGAUCAACCGGUGGCUCCAAGAAGGAGGCCAAGCGCUCUGGCAGUAAUGUCUUCUCGAUGUUCAGCCAGAAGCAGGUGGCCGAAUUCAAGGAAGGCUUCCAGUUGAUGGACCGUGACAAGGACGGUAUCUUGGGCAAGAACGACCUACGUGCCACCUACGACGAGCUGGGCCGCAUCGCCUCCGAAAAGGAACUCGAUGAGAUGCUGAACGAUGCUCCCGGACCCAUCAACUUUACUAUGCUGUUGACCAUGUUCGCCGAUAGACAAUCUGGCGGUGCUGAUGACGAUGAAGUUGUCAUCGCUGCCUUCAAAUCUUUCGAUGAUGGUACUGGCCACAUCGAUGGUGAGAACUUGCGACACGCCUUGAUGACCUGGGGCGAGAAAUUCAGCAGCAAAGAGGUCGAUGACGCCUUUGCUGAAAUGACCAUUGACAACAACAACCGCAUCGACUGCAACGCACUCAUCCAGAUGCUGACCUCCUCUCCAGCUGAGGAAACUGAAGGCGAGGCUGCUUAAAAUCUUUUCUUUAUCCCUCCACCCUCAAAAAGUCGUUGUUUCUUUCUUUCUUUCUUCUGUCUAUCUCUAUCAUUAAAUAAGAAAUUCACAUGCACUGCAAGAUCAUCAGCAGAAUAACAACAACAACAACAACCCAAAA